UUGGAGCUGUAGUUCCUUGGCUUGAGGGAGGGUCGCUGAGCCCUCCUCUUUCUUAUGCAGCCGCCCCUCCUUCCCUACCCGCUGACGGUAUAAUGAUAUAAUCAUGAGGGGUGUCAGAUCCCGCAUUUGAACUUGCAGCCAAACGGGCAGAGGGAUUGUUCUUGCACAAGGACUCGGCGCAGACACACGCGCUGCAACACUUCACCCUUGUACAACGGCGACUGCUUGUGUAUAGCGCUGGGACAAGAGCCUGAGGAUCCCCCCUCCACCCCAAAAGCAUCAGCCCCACUCCAGCCUGGGAAUAUAGUCCAUCAUCAGCCACACGAGUCUGGGGGAGAUUCCUGUACAAGGUGGAUUGGAUGCAGCUGCACUAGGUCACCUUAAAAGGUCAAGAUGUUAUUAGAAAUAAAAUAUAUAUUUUGGAUAUGCUCAGCAUUUUCCCUUACAAAUGCAUUCCGUGCAGUUAAAUUGGAAAAAAGUUCUCCAGUGAAGGGUUCAUUAUCUGGAAGAGUGAAUCUGCCAUGUUUUUUUUCAACCAUACCAACAUUGCCACCCAGCUACAAUAUUACAAAUGAGUUCCUGCGAAUCAAAUGGACCAAGAUUGUCCAGAGCAGAGAUGGAAAGGACCCAAAGGAAACCACAGUUUUGGUGGCCCAAAGUGGAAGUAUCAAAAUCGGACAACAUUAUAGAGGCAGAGUGUCUGUGCCGAGUCAUCCUGAAGACAUCGGAGAUGCAUCUUUAACAAUAGUUAAGCUACGUGCCAGUGAUGCUGGUGUUUACCGAUGUGAGGUCUUGUUUGGGAUUGAAGAUACCCAAGACACCGUUUCUUUGGAUGUUUCAGGAGUCGUGUUUCACUACCGAGCCUCUACAGACAAGUACUCUUUGGACUUUGAGGCUGCUCAGAAAGCUUGUAUAGACAGCGGUGCCCAAAUUGCUACUCCAGGACAACUGAAAGCAGCCUAUGAAGAUGGUUUUGAGCAAUGUGAUGCUGGAUGGCUUUCUGACCAGACUGUUAGAUAUCCAAUCCGCUCACCUAGAGCUGGCUGCCAUGGUGAUAAAAUGGGAAAGGAAGGGAUUCGCACCUAUGGAAGACGCCCUGCUUUAGAGAAAUAUGAUGUGUACUGCUUUGUGGAUGAACUGGAAGGCGACCUGUUCCACACGACUGUUAAGAAUAAGUUCACCUUUGAAGAAGCCAAGCAGGAGUGCGAGAAGAAGAAUGCAGCUCUUGCCACCGUGGGGGAUAUGUAUGCCGCGUGGAGAAAGGGAUUUGACCAGUGUGAUUAUGGUUGGCUGGCUGAUGGAAGCGUUCGCUACCCAGUAUCUGUGGCCCGACCCCAGUGUGGAGGAGGUUUGCUUGGAGUUCGGACGAAAUACCGCUACAGUAACCAGACUUAUUUCCCUCAUUCACAGGAGAGAUAUGAUGCCUAUUGUAUCCAAGGCAAAAGGAAUAUAACUGAAGCUGUAUCCGUUAGACUGAUAUUACCGACUGAAGCUUCAACCACCAGUGUGAUAAAGACAGUUGAAAAAUUGCCUGAAAAGGUAACAAUAAAGCCUGUUUAUUCUGAUGGACGACGACCUGCAACAGAAAGCAUUUCUCAUUUGAAAGCAGAAACUGGUGUUACGCCUGAUACCAAGCAGAAAGAAACAGUAGUUCCAACAGAUCCGUCCGCUCUUUCAUUUCAAGAAGAGGGCACCUUGGCUUCUAAAUUGGAAAGUACCCAAGAUGUCAUAGAACCUUCUGCUUAUCAGACUGAGAAAAUAGGUGUAGAGAGUGAGAUCACUAAAAGCCCAACAGGUUAUCCCGUGGAGCAACAAUAUUCUAUACCUGAUAAUUCUAUAAAACUGACAGAGGUUUUAUAUCAAAGUUUGCAACCCCCAAAGGGGUCAAUGGAAGCCAAAAGUGAAGAAAUUAUCCCAACGGUUAUAAUACAUCAUGAGAUUGUUAGUGAUAAAGACAUCAUCACGAGCCUACCCGAAAUAAGAACAGGACCUGAGGAAACCUUUGAAAGUAGUGUUGUGACUGUGAGCAGUUUAAAACAAGAUUCUGAUGCUUCAAGCACACAACCCGAGUUGGAUGUAUUUACAGUGUACAAAACAUCCACCUCUAUGCAGCCUGCAGUAACUUCAGGCUUCGAUUCCUCUGAAGAAGGGAGCCAGCCAACUGUCUCUUCAGAAUCAAUAGUUACAAAAGAAAAACAUGUAGUUAGUACAGUUCAUGAGGAUGAGCCCACAGAUAAAGUCCAGGAAAGUACAACAUUGCCUGUCACCGAGGAUGUAAUUAUAGAAUCUGAGGACAGUUUUGCAGCUGUUGAAGAAGAAAGUGUGUUGCAGUCAAGCCAGUUAUCACCUUCAGACAGUCCAACACAAGUCACAAGUCCAGUAUUGGACGUAACUGAAGCCACUUCCACAAGCAAAGAACCAAAACCAACUGAUACAGUGGAUAAAGUUCCCGAAACACAUAUCUCUCAUAAAGAGACAUCUGUAGAGCAGAUAACACUAAAACCUGUUUCUAUUUCUACUCAGAAGCCACAUCUCAUAGAUGUGGAACCUGAGGAGGAAACCAGCAAAGAAACAAUAGUGAUCGAUGAGUCUGUUUCUCGCCUAAAAGUUACAACUGAAUCUGACAUGACAGGCAAACAGGAGGAAGAUAUCGACUCAGAAUACCUGACAAGUGGAACUUCUGGAAAAGAACCCACCCAAAAGCCUGAAUGCGAGGACACCUCAGCUGAGGCUGAGACAAAUGUACAUGAAACAGAUUUAAGUCAGAAUCGUUCAUCAAUCAAUGUGAUCGUUGUGCAUCUCCGUGACAAUGAGACAGGCCCAGUUGAAUCAAUUAUUCAUGUAUUGGAUCAAGGAGGACUUCAAUUACCUGAACAUAAUGAGUCCAGUGAAGAGAAUGACUACCCAAUAAUAAUAGAUGUUAUACACAUAGUUCCACCAGAUAUUGAUAAUGACUCCGAUUGUGACAAUACCACUGAUGUUUCAACGCCCCCUCCAUUGCAAUUUAUCAAUGGCAAACAAGAGAUCACGACUGCACCAAGAGAUUCCAAUGCUGAGGAACUUAGACAGGAUCAGAUUGAAAGUGCCACACCAUCUGAAAAUGUUUCACUUACUCAAUUCAGCGAAGUUACAGAGCGAGUAAUAUCACAGACAGAUGUCCCUAGCAUUACAACAUCAGUGGUUGUAGAUAUUGGGGAAAGCAUUUCACAUGCAAAGUUACAAGAACCUGAAUUCAGUGGGGACACAGAAUUUUAUGCUGAGACUUCUACAUCACAGAAAACUGAUUUGCCACCCACACCGAGUAUGCUUUCACUUAAUAGAUCAGAGCAUUUAGCGACACUGGAAUCCUUACAAGAUACAGAUCCUAAAGUUUUGAGCACUAUUGAAUCCGUUACUGAAGAGAGUAGAAUUGCACUUGAACAUGUGACGGAUGCACCCUCAUCCCAACUGAUAUCUGAAAUAGCCACCCAUACAAGUGAACAAACUUUAUUACCAAAAACAGAAAAAACACCUAAAGAGGAUUUUAUCCCAACAGAGGAAUAUACAAAGGAGACAGAGGAACCAUCUAUAGUCACAGAAGCUUCCAUUGUUUAUGCUGAGCCUGAAGGUUCAGGGGAUUUAGAUUCACAGUCCAUUGUUAGGACGGAUGCACCCUCAUCCCAACUGAUACCCGAAAUAGGCACCCAUACAAGUGAACAAACUUUAUUACCAAAAACAGAAAAAACACCUAAAGAGCAUUUUUUCCCAACAGAGGAAUAUACAAAAGAGACAGAGGAAUCCUUUCAAGAUACAGAUUCUAAAGUUUUGAGCACUAUUAAAUCAGUUACUGAAGAGAGUAGAAUUGAACUUGAACAUGUGACGGAUGCACCCUCAUACCAUCUGAUAUCUGAAAUAGCCACCCAUACAAGUGAACAAACUUUAUUACCAAAAACAGAAAAAACACUUAAAGAGGAUUUUAUCCCAACAGAGGAAUAUACAAAGGAGACAGAGGAACCAUCUAUUGUCACAGAAGCUUCCAUUGUUUAUGCUGAGCCUGAAGGUUCAGGGGAUUUAGAUUCACAGUCCAUUGUUAGUGUGACUGCUUCUGUGCAAAGGCCAGAGGAAAUCAAGAGUUCUCCAACAAAAGUUAUAAUAAAAGCUGAUACCCCUAUGCCUACAUCAUUCCCUGGUAUAGAUUUGUCAUCUGAAGAAGUCAAGUCUGUUACAUCAGUAUUUGAUCAGGUGACAAAAAUCAUAACCACGACCAAAGAAGAAUACGAGGGAAGUAUAUUUACUGUAGAUCCAACAAAAAGUUUUGGAUUGUUUGAAGAAGGAGAAGGGUCAGCUACAGAUGGGGUCAUUUUAGAUCAGCAACCUGCUGUUAGCAGCAGUCGGUAUGCUACAGAAACUGUACCUACAGUAACUGACUCAGCUCAAGUAAAGCCUACUGAUUUCAUAACUUUUUCUUCUGAAGCCAUAUCUUCUCAUGAGAUCAUCAAAACUGUAACUACUUCUGACAUUUCAUCCCACAGUUCAGCAAGUCAAGUAGUCACUGUAGACUCCUUGUUGAUGCAGGAAGGCUCAGGAGAUAUGGACGAUGCAAAUAAAUAUGUUUCAAGUACUGUAUCACAAGAGAAACAUGGUCUUGAAAUCCUGUCUACAGAUUCAGCUAAAACUGCGGACACAUUGUUGAAAUAUGCCAUAACAGAAGAAACUGUCAUUCUGAAAGAAGAUUAUGUACCUACCGAAACUUCAGAUAAACAAUCAACUACAGCAGUGACAGAAGAAAUAGAGAAGUUUACCAUAACUGAAAAAGAAGAAGAAUCUGUUGUGUCUGGUGAUCCUGAAUCACCAUCUGAAAAAUUACAGGUUAGCACAGUGCAAAGUCCAUUGACAGAUGGGGAUUCCAAACAAGAAGUAAUCAUUUAUUCAACUAAUUUUCCACCAGAAUCAAAUCAUACAGCUGUAGAAUAUUUAGGUUCCUCUCCAUUCCCAGUCUUGGUGUCUACAGCCUCUAGCAGUAUAGACUUAGCCAUUUCAGAUAAAACAUCUGCUAUGAAAACCAGCACCAUUUUACCAUUUACAGGCGAGGGUUCAGCUGAUGGUGAUUUGGAGAUUAUUCUUACUUCCAAACCGUCUUUAGAUUCCAUAAAACCUGAUCCUGAAGCAGUUACAGUAUUUACAAUCUUUACAGAUGAUAAAACAAUUGAAACUGGCAUAACUCACAGUUUGACACCAAGUAACAUAAGCUCAGAUUUACCAUUAGUAGAUCAAGGUUCUGGAGAUCUUAUUAACUCUGAAACAGAAAUUGAGAUAACAACUUCAAAAGACUUUGCUACUGUCUCUACUAUAGAACUUACAGAAAGUGCAGAUACUACAGACGUUUUAGGAGGAACAGUAGUGAAACAAUUAGCUGCAGAACCUGAGACAGUGGAAUCUAUAUUGACCUUCGGCACAGAAACACCUCCAUCAUUGGAACACAUUACAACAUUGGAACCCCAAAAAACUAUUUUUACUGACUCAUUAUUUACUGAUACAGGUUCAGGUGACACAGAUGAUAUGGUCACAUUUUCCCCCACCUUGACUUCAUUAUCCCAAAGAAAACAUGAAACUGAAACCAUUAGGGCUGUUACGUCAGUUGAACUAUCCACAGUGGGCCUGGAAGUGGAAACAGAAGCAGACCUUAAAGAAACACUGAGAGUUGAAUCAGAAAUAACUCAUGAUAAAGAGAAGCCUCAGUUGCAAACAACAAGCAUAACAUCACAGCCCACUAGUGAACAAGCUACACAAGUGCCUCUCAAAUACAUUCUAAGCACUGAAUAUCCAAUAUCUGAAGGAUCAGGAGAUGAGCAUCAAUUUGCUGAAUCAACUACUUCCAAAACUACAGAACAUGAAACUACAAGCAUUAUAAUAGCACAGUCUGAGGAUGAACAUAGUACAAAAAUAGUUUUUGAAGGUUCAGGAGAUGAAAGCAUUGGGACAGGUACUACAAUAUAUGUUACUAAAACUAAAUCACAAAUUGAAGACAUCAGUUCUGUAUUUCCAACCGAGGAGUCAACCGUGAGUUUAGAAGCAGACACAGUUAAAAUAGAUCUUCAUGUAGAAAACCAUACCAAAGAAGCAGAUACUGCGGAGAGUAUAAGUACAGACACAGUGUCUGAGACUGGAACACAAGCAACAGACAGCACACCAGUGUAUUCAACUAGUGGGCAUAUUUAUUUACAUACAGUGAAAGAAACACCCAAGGCUCACUCACCUGUUAUCAUUGAAAGCUCAGGAGACACAGAAGAUGUUUUUACAACUACGGAAAAAUAUGCAACCAAAACAGACGCUGUACACAUCAGUACAGUAUUCCCACUGGAAAAAACCUCAACUGGAGAAACAAGUGUUGAAUUAGAAAUCGAUACCAAAGAUGCAGAAACAGUUGAAUCUGAAGCAGCUUUCAGUACACCAUCACAAGAAAUAUCAAAGGUUGUAACACAAGCAACUGUCAUAAUACCAGGAGAUUCAGCUACCAAAGUAAGUGUAAUCGCAGACUCACCUACUUAUGAAAGCUCCGGUGACGAUGAAAUUCUGAUUGGCACCACAGCACAUACAGCUUCACCUAAACUGGACAGUGAAAUUAUCAGCACAUCACCCGCAGCUAAAGAACAUACAGAAAGUGUGGAAGCAGAAACACAUUUUGAAUUAGGUGAUAUUAAAGAAAAAGAAACAGUUGAAUUGGAAAAGGUCAUUAGUACAGAGCAACAAGUGUCUAAGUUUGUGACACAAUCAUCUUCCACUCUGUACAUAUAUUCACCUACUGAGGAUAGCUCUAUGUUUCCAGCCAAAACACUAGUCAGCACUCUUCCAACAGAUGAAAGCUCACAAGAAAUAUCAAAGGUUGUAACACAAACAACUGUCAUAGUACCAGGAGAUUCAGGUACCAAAGUAAGUGUAAUCACAGACUCACCUACUUAUGAAAGCUCCGGUGAUGAGGAAAUUCUUAUUGGCACCACAACACAUACAGCUACACCUAAACUCGACAGUGUAAUCAUCAGCACAUCUCCCCCAACUAAAGAACACACAGAAAGUGUGGAAGCAGAAACAGAUUUUGAGUUAGCUGAUAUUAAAGAAAAAGAAACAGGUGAACUAGAUACAGUCAUUAGUACAGAUCAAGAAGUGUCUAAGUUUACUACACAAGCAUCAUCCACUAUAUUCAUAUAUUCAACUACUGAGGAUAUCUCUAUGUUUCCAGCCAAAACACUAGUCAGCACUCUUCCACCAGAUGAAAGCUCAGGAGACGGAGUGGACAGUUUCCCAGUUACUAAAACAUAUGCAAUUAAAAUACAUAGUGAAGACAUCAGCACAAUAAUUCCAACUGAACAACCCAAAAUGAGUCUAUCAAUAGAAACAAGUGAAGCAAGUGUUAUCUUAGAAACCACCACCAAAGAAAUAAAAGUGGACUCUGAAAUAGAUAUCAGUACAGAUGCACACCAACUGUCUGUAUCUGGAACACAAGCAUCUGCAACCAUAAGUGUGCCCCAAGCUACCACUGUUUUUAUUGAGGAUAGCUCAGGGGACGAUGCAGAUAUUUUUACAGAUACAUAUCCAAUUGAAACAAAAGUGGACAGCAAGGCUGAUAGAACAGGUUUUCCAGUUGAGAAAACAACAGUGGGUUUUACAGUAGAAUCAACUAAAAUAGGUCUAGGGUUGGAAACAGAGGUAGCCGAUUCUAAAACAGGGGUCAGCGGAGAAGCAGAGAUAGAAUCUGAGACAACGGUCAUCUUACCAUCACAUUCAACUAGUGAGAUCACUCCAUCUCUUCCAGUGAAAGAAAUAAUCAGCACAGAUGAAAGUUCAGGAGAUGAUGGCUUCUUACUGACAAUGUCUAAAGCCUAUGCAACUGAAUCUGAACCAGUCAGCAUCACGAUUGUCCCUACUGAGGGACUCCAAGUGAGUUUGGAAGUGGAAACAAGUGAAUCAGGUCUUAAGUCAGAAAGUUCUACCGAAGAUGAUGAAGCAGCUGAAUCUGAAAAAGGUAUUAAAACAGAUAUGCUAGAAACAUCAACAAUCGUAACACAAGCAAUUGGAAUAUCAUCACAUGUAGCUGGAGAGCCAAUUACAUCAAGCUCAGUUAGAAAGCAUUCCACCACUGAUUCAGUAUUUCUUGAUCAAGGCUCAGGAGACCAGUCUCAGGGUGAUUUACUAGGGGUUGCUACUACUGAGACUUCAGAAGUAAAAACUGAGGGGGCUACUGAAGCCAUUGGUACACAUUCUGCAGCUACAGACAUGCAGGAAUUAUCAAAGACAGCAACACAAACACCCAGUGCCACACUAACACCAGAAAUUAGCCAAUAUGUUACAGAUACCCCACAUAAAGAGAUAAUCAGCACUAAAUCAGAAAUUUUGGAAGCAGGCUCAGGAAUUGAUGAAGACAUGUUCCAAGAUGUUGUAUCUACACCUGUGAUAAAAACAGAAUCUAAGUCACCAGAAAGUAGAUAUGUAAGCAUUGUUCAGCCAACUACAGAAUACACUGAACACACAGCUCUACCAAGCACAAUUAAAGAUGAUGAUAUAAAUGAACCAAGGGAAUAUAUUUUCAGUACAAAAUCCCCAGAUAGUGAUGUUGGUUCAGGUGCUGAAGUAGGAACAAGUGAGGUAAAAACCUCUACUGAAGAAACAAGGGCAUUAAAACCACAAUUCAUUUUAACUACCAAUGCACCUGAAAAGGCUACAGAUGGUAUAACAGCAUAUCUCAGCAGUAGCUUUAUGGGUGAAGUUUCUGAAAUCCCUCUAAUUGAGCAAGGUUCUGGGGAUGAAAGCCAACAGGCCACAGUAAUAGAUGAAGAGACCAAAACUGAAAGUAAGUUUGAAGAUCAAACAGAAACUAUUAUGUCCCCAGUCACAGAAUACCCAGAAAUACUGGAGUUUAAAAAUGUCACAACAGACAGGGACUCAGAAAUCCCUACCAAGGAAUCUGAAACACCAGAGCCCAAGAUACGUGUCAGCACAAGUCCCAAGGAAAUAUUGCCUGAAGUAAAAUCAACACAAGAUGUGCCAAUAUCACACACUCUGUCUAUGACAGAAUUGACAAUAGGCUUGGAAGAUGAAGUUACCAGCAAGCCAUCAGUAUUAAUUUUUGAAGAAAGCCCAGUCAGCACAAUAUGGGAGGAAACAGAAAAAAAUGAAACUAUUAGUGAAGUCAUUAGCGCAUCGCAUUCAGCAACUGAAUUUAUUCUUGAUGACAAAACAAGCAAACAGAUUUCUGAAGAGCUUGAAUUAUCAACUGUAGAGAAAGAUAUAAAACUGGAAUUUAAAUCAACACCUGCAACAAUUCUGAAGACCACAGAGUCUCUGUCCACUAAAAAAACAUUCUUGUAUGAGGAAGGAUCAGGAGACUUAAUUUCUACGACUAUCAAAGAGGACAAGCCAAUAUAUACAGUCGUUACUCUACCAUUUGUAGAAGACGAUGAGGCACCUGUCAGUACAAGUGUUACUAAAGAUUUAACUGAACUAGAGACAGAUAUAUCCCAGGAAACAAGUUCAGCUAUCACUGAACAUUAUUUACGAUCCACACAACAACCUGAAAUUAGUACAGAAACACCCCAUGUCAGUUCUAAAGACAUUUUAGAAAUAUUAAAAAUCACUGAGACAUCAACAGAGCCAAUUAAAGAAGAGUCCACAUAUACCACAACAACGCCCACCGAACAACCAGAGAUAAUAGAUACUGCUUUUGAAUUAGUUUCAGGACAAGGUUCAGGAGACAUUACAGAUGAUCCUGAUACACCUUCUGCCUCAAUAAAAAUAGAUUAUGAUUCUUUUAGCACAACUCAAGAAAAACAUAUUGAACCUUUACUUCGCACAGACAAGCCACAAGUGCAUGAAACAAAGAGCUCUAAACCAGACGCGGACAUGUAUUCAAAAGUAACCUCCCACAUGUAUGUAGAUUCCAGCUUAUUGGAGACAACAGACACUGAUUUUUUGUUUAUUGAAACACAAACAAUGUCAUUAAUAAGUGAUAGUGUUCUUGCAAAGGAGGAAUCAGAAUCGGACCAAGAACUUAUUGGAGUCAGGCCAUCUACAGUUGUUGCAACCAUUAGACCUGACAUUGAAGACAUAGUUACAUCUUCACCUAUUAUUCCAGAGAGUCCCAAUGAGGGUGGUCCUGAAGUAACUUCUGAGCAGGAAGUAACUCCUAAAGAAUAUGUUUUACCAAUUAGCGCUAGUGCAUUUCCAUCAGAAGUUCAUGUUCCUACAGAAAAAGAGUUGGAAGCUAGCGUAACCAGCAGACCAAGUAUGCUCGUUGACAAGGAAUAUCAGGAAACUGGAUCUUCAGACAUAGUUAUCCUUUCAUCCGUAACAGAAAGUACAACAGAUGGUGAUAAGGUUAGUGACAUAGACCAAACAGCUGAAACCCUGCUGACAACAACAGCGUUAACCUAUACAAAGACAACCAUAGAGUCUGAGGUUGAAGGAGACAAGUUUAGCCCAAGAUUGGAAGAUUCGAGCAAAGUAUAUAGGACUUCAGACUCUGUACCUUUCGAGACGGUUACCUCCCAGGCUUUACUGUUGAGGGAACAAAGUGAAAUUGAUUCGAUCACUACAAAAGCGACAUUUGAAUCGGAAUAUGUAUCAAAGGAAGAAGGGGAUGGUGAAAUAAGAACUAGCCUUGUGGAGGAGCAUAUCACAUCCGAUGACAGUAAAUCUGAACAUGUCACUGAAGAAACAAAAUUAAUAGAUGAGCCUAUUGCAAGCACACCUACUUACAUUCACAAAGAUGAGGUUUAUGUAAGUAAGGUAACAGAGGAGACCACUGUGGUGACUGAGGAACUAAGUCCAAAAUAUCCUGUGACUGUUAUUCUUGUCAAUGGGGCCUCUGACUACACAGGAAAAAUUAUGCCCAGUACUUUGCCAUCUGCUGGUUCAGGUACUGAUCAUGUUGUUUCAGAGCAAGAAGUCAGUGCUGAUAUUGCUGCUACCUAUAAGCCAGAGGAUGUACAUAUAGUAGAUACAACUGAUUCACCUUUAGAUCACUCUGAAAAAACUGAUAUUUUGGAUGAAUCUGUAUCAUUAACCAGUGAUCAUAAGGAAGAUACCACUUCUUCACAGCAGUAUGUUCAAGAAGACAUAGACCACAUACAUAAACACACCUUGCCUACAAAUGCACCAAGUAUAGAUUCAGAUAAUGUCCUCAAUCAACUGUAUGGCCAGCUAACAGAUACUGAUUCUCCUCCAAGUCUCAAAUCUGAGGAAUCGUUCACACCAUUUCCACAAUAUUCAGAUGAAAAGGUGGAAACUCAGUCAGCCUUAGUUGUACAGAAAGAAUUUUCAACGGUUUCAUACAAUAUAGCUGAGCCAGUUGAUGAAAAUGAAAUUGACCCUGCACUUCUAGAAGAAGAAGAUGAAGCCAUGGCUGCUGUAACAUCGGAACCAGAAAUAGAAGUAACUGAUGGAAUUGAAAUCCACAUUUCCACUAGUAAUAAUGUUGAAGGAGCUGAACUUCAAUUUGCAAGUCAAGACCCAUGCAAGGUAAAUCCAUGCCAAGGUGGAGGGACCUGUUAUGCUCGCAGUGGUACAUCCUUUGUCUGUACAUGUAUGCCUGGUUUCAGUGGAGAUCAGUGUGAAAUUGAUAUAGAUGAAUGUCAGUCAAAUCCUUGCCGGAAUGGAGCAGCAUGUGUUGAUGGCAUAGACUCCUUUAAGUGUAUCUGUCUUCCUAGCUACACUGGAUCACUUUGUGAACAAGAUACUGAAGUCUGUGACUAUGGCUGGCACAAAUUCCAAGGUCACUGCUACAAAUAUUUUGCCCAUCGGCGCACCUGGGACGCAGCUGAGAGAGAGUGCCGGGUACAAGGCGGUCACCUGACAAGUAUUACGUCCAAUGAAGAGCAGACGUUUGUCAACCGUUUAGGGCAUGAUUACCAGUGGAUUGGCCUCAACGAUAAGAUGUUUGAGAAUGAUUUCCGUUGGACUGAUGGAAGCACAAUGCAAUAUGAAAACUGGAGGCCAAACCAACCAGACAGUUUCUUCUCUGCUGGCGAAGAUUGUGUCGUUAUUAUUUGGCAUGAAAAUGGCCAGUGGAAUGAUGUACCAUGCAACUACCAUCUUACUUACACCUGCAAAAAGGGAACAGUUGCUUGUGGACAGCCUCCUUUUGUAGAAAAUGCCAAGACCUUUGGAAAGGCUAAACCUCGCUACGAGAUAAACUCUAUGGUCAGAUACCACUGUAAAGAAGGUUUUGUACAGCGCCAUUUGCCAACCAUAAGAUGCAGAGGUGACGGACGAUGGGAUCUGCCUAAAGUGUCAUGUCUGAAUCCUUCCAAUUUCCAAAGGACUUACUCUAAGAAAUAUUAUUAUAAGUUUACUCCACCUGAGAUGAGGACUUCCAUGAAUUCUCCAAAACACCACCACAGCUGGAGCAGGACUUGGCAAGACUCCCCACGCUGAAGAACCCUAACCUACCAUCAGCAGACAACCUUGACUGCCAAAGUCCUCAUUUAUAGUGCCUUUCACAAGCGUUCUGAGGAGUGAUAUCUUAGACUUGGACUAUGGCGUUGAAUAAAAAAUUUGAUCUAAAAUCUUAGAAGUUAUAGGGACUAAACCUGAUGUAAGCAAAAAAAUUUAAACCAUUACCUGUCCAGCCUACUAGAACCUUUAGUUAAUGUAUUUCAUCACAAAUGGAACAGAUUUAUUGCAUUGAUACAAGCUUACUUUAAUAUUUAAGCAGCUUGACUGUAGUGGAGAUGCAUUUGUAAAUAAGAUGAUCUAAAUAUGUUUUCUAAUCAUGUAUAUAAAAUGAACUAGUGAGACUAAAGUCGGGCUUAUUUAAUAAGUGCUAUAUGAGUCAAUACACCACUUGUGUCCCAGAGGUCUUAUUGAAAUGCAGAUGCCUCUGGUGCACACAUGCUGGUGUGAGCUGAGCUUAGUACAUCAAGGCUGGAGAUUGAAUGUGUGGCAGAAGACUUUGUGCCAGACUAUGAACAACGAUGAAAAGAGCAUCAUAAUUGUGUGCCAUACAAUAUGUAAAUGUUUUGUGUUGGGUAAUACAGUGGAGGAGAUCUACUUUGUCACCUGCAAUAAUGGAAAUAUUGUUUUGUUUAUCCAUGACCACUUCCGUAACAAGUCUUUACGGAUGAACAGGGUCAUAUAUGAUUAGCCAGGUAGGGUGCAAAUGAUGUUUAGCACUUUGCACUCUUCUCAAUUUCUGCAGGUCUGUGUGCUAAAAAAGGGGAGCGUUUAGAGACCUGCCACCAAUCCCAUGGAUUUAGCAUUGCCUCUGUUGUGAUGAAGUCAUGAGGAGCGGGCUGGGGGCAUGUAGGCAUCAGCCCUUCUGACCCUACCAGUCCCCUUGCAUGUCAUUCAGUAGCGCAAGUUAGGAAGUGGCUGCAGGUGUAGUCUUCAAUAGGGCCUCCAUAGAGCAGGUAGUAAGGACAGGGCUGCCCUGCAUCUGCAACCACUGAGUUUUUAUCCUUGCACCAGAUUUUCAGUUUGCUGCAAGAAGCAGAACACUGCCCCUGCUGCAAGUCAAGCGUGAUGAGCACCAAGGGGUGUGGUUUUGUGCCUCUUAGCACUCCAAGGACUUGCAGCAGGGUCAGUUGUAAAUGACCCCUGAAUUGUCUUUCAUUGUAAAUUGCUAAUUCACCAGGGAGCUAUUUAUAAAUGAUUACUGAAGCAAAAUCAGACCUAGCCCAGAUGUACCAUAUUUGCAUCAAAUUGUAUGUUGCAUCACUUUUUUGAUGCCAGUGUUUAGACUGCUGCAUGAAUAGAUGCAAUACCAAUAUCCCAAGCUGGGGCAGUUUUGAUUUUGCUUUGUAUCUUUCGCACAGAUAAAAAAAAGGCUCCAGUGCAGUCCAACGUUGCUUUCUUUCAACAACUAACCAUUGCAAGGGUGCAUUUUACAAUGUUUGAUUAAAAAAAAAAAAUAGAACAAAAAAAAAGUGAACAUUUUUGUACAUAUAGUCAUUUUUUAAGUCUUUUUUUUAAUGAGAUAAUGAAUGUGUAUUGAUGAAUGCAGCAGCUGUGAAGCAAACACGAACAAAUGUAGAAAGCCAUUCUGAUUUCACUUAUGGGAGGCUCAAUGCCAUGGGCUCUUAAUUUUUUUAAUUUCUCCAUUUGUGAACAACCAGCCUGUAAGAUAUAUUGAGUUCACAAACGUUGGAAUGAAAUUACUGGAAGAUUAUUCAUAUGACUUUCACACCGUUACCUUCUAGAAAGCCCUGCAGACUCCAAAUCCAUUGAGACAACCCCAGGGUCACUUGGAAGAUAAGUGACAUCCUACAGAUAUAAUUAUUUUUUUCCUAAUAAACGUGCAAUGAAAUUAUUCAUGAAACGAAUUGCCCUGAAUCAGUAGUGUUGGGUUUAUAAAGUAUCCCUGGAAUGUUAGUGUAGGACGUUUUUCACCAAAGCAGGUUUUGGAAUAUUCCCAGGGAGAUUCAUAUAAUGGAUAGAUGCUGUGCAACUGGUUCAUGUUGGUCAUUAUUAAAUAAAGAAUUUCCAUUUCCGAGGGGACUAGAAAUAAUCCGAUCACUCACUGGCUGUUGUGGCCAUGCAAUCUGGUCAAGUGUUUUGAGCAGCUGAACUUUUGGUUCAAUUAUUCCAGCCAAACCAAGUCACCCUAAGACUCAAAACAUUGGCUUGUUGGUCAAGCUAGAAUUGCGUGGGGGCUGCACUUCUUCACAAGGAUCUGAUUGCUGGUCAGAUAACUGUGAUCAUCUCCAUCUUUGUGACCAGCUCAAGUAGUUCCCAGUAUGUAACACAUGCCACCCAUACCCAAAGUAUUAUUUUCUUAUAUCAUUUCAUUGCCAGAGGACUGAAAUACAGAGGAAGUCCCUCAGGCAAUGAAAUGAAUCCAAUGAACAAAGUAUAUUUAUUGCGGUCGACCUACUGACAUAACAACCAUUGAGACUGGUAUCGAGCCUCUUCAUAAAGUGAAACAGAUAUGGAUUUUUAACUGAGUCCUAAUUACUAAGAGUGCGAUUGAUUCAUUCCUUUUGACUGCUGCACCUUCCCUAAUCAUAUUUUGUACUUGACAACAAUGCACCAUAGUGUUGACCUGUAUGUUUUUUUUUCUAUUACAAUGCACAUAAUACCUUUUUUUCCCCCCUGUAUUUAUAUUAUAACUUGUAUAGUAUAUAAUGUGAACCUUUGGGUAUUUGUGAAUGAAAGUAAAUCUUUGUAACUUUUAUAUCUGCUUCUGUUUCACCAAAGAAACUUUUUUUUUGGUUUGCUAGUCUUCGGUUCCUAGUGUUUUUAUUUAUUCUUUUUUUGGAAUUCUUUUUUAAUAGAAGAAUGUGUAAUUAUAGAUCAAAUUAAUAAACACUCAAAUGUU